AUGAGGCAGCCCUCCUCCGCGCACGGGCAGCGGAGCCCCCGACCUCGACGGCGGCCGCGCCGCGGUCGGCAGCGGCGGGAGGCCGUGCCGACACAGGAGGACGAUGGGGACGAGGUCGCCAAUGCGCCAUCCGUCGUCUCAACGCCGUCCACGCCAGUGCGGCUUAACUUCAAGGUGGCUGACGCCCCGCGGCGGCGGCCGCGGUGCCGUCGACGACGGCCAGGCCCUCGGCCUCGAGGCCAGGAUCGGGCCUUCGCGCAGCGGGGGGUCCCAGACCCCCACUGCCGAGGGCCUCGCCUGGAGCAGCAGAACACAACAGCUGCCAGUCAGGGAGGUCAACGCAUUCCGAUAGGGGGGGAGCGCAGCACAAACAGGUCCUGA